AUGUCAUUACUAGGUAAUGACGUUUGUCUGUUAGAAAUAGAAGACUAUAACUUGUACGAAGAAGAAGCUUCGGAUCACGCUUUUGCCAGGAGCGAGAAGAAUACUACAUCAGGCAGUAAAACAAUGGAAGCUGAAAAACGAAUUCGACGAGAAAUUGCUAAUAGCAAUGAACGCAGGCGCAUGCAGAGUAUUAAUGCUGGUUUUCAAGCAUUACGUACACUUUUACCACGUCAUGAAGGGGAGAAGCUCAGCAAGGCAGCAAUUUUGCAACAAACAGCUGAAUAUAUUUAUUCCUUGGAACAAGAAAAAACAAGAUUACUUUCACAAAAUUGUCAAUUAAAAAGAUUGCUAAAUCAACAUGAAGGAGGUGAGAUACCACUGAAGAAAAGAAAGAGUGAAAUUAUUUCUCAUGUGUCUUCAAUAAUUCCUGACUCAACAGAUGAUACAGUGUCAAAGUCAAGAUCACCUGAACCAGUUGCUUAUAUUUCUGUUUCAACUGGGCCCCAAAAGAAAGAGACUGAAAGUACUGAACUUAGAACACAACUGGAACAAGAGCGCCGUUUGCGGCGACUACUUGAAGAACGUUUACACUCACUAGAAACACAGUUAUACCCUGAAACAGGCAGAGACAUAGCCCCCCCAGUUGUUCACUAUGAACAAACUGAUAUUGCUUUAUGUAAGGUGGAGAGUGAUGAAGUUGAGACACCAGUAACUGAAGCCCCAGCAGCACCUUUGUUAGAAGCGGCCAUUAAAGCAGAACCUAGAGUGGAGGUAGAGGUGUUGCCUGAUGCAACACAUGACACUUCUUCACGAUUAUAUUUAGCCAGUACAAGUCGCCAAAAUUUGGAGACAAUUGUAGAGGCUAUUCGUCAUUUAGAAGGAGAUCACUUAUUCCGUGAGGAGGCCGGCGAUGCUCCUUUAGCGUUGACAAAGAAGGUAGACCGAGCGCCACCUCCACCACGACCUGGUGUCAUUGUAGUGAAGCAUUCGUGA